GGCUUAUUUCUACAUUAAUUAAUCAAUUUUUUAAUUUAGAGAAUUAAAAUAUUUAUUAAGUAUUAUACAAUUAUUUUAAUUUCAAUGGAAGCUUUUGCAGAAUUAAAAGAAGAUUUAAAAGCAACUGAAGGAUAUCUCAUUGACAAUUGGUUUGAAGAUGCCAAAGAAAAAAUUGCAGAGAACCAUCAAAAUGAAAGUGAAUAUGUGAAAAAUGCCAGUGAACAAAUCUCGAAUCUUCGCAAAGAAGUUCAGAAGUACACACAAAAAGAGAAAGAGUUAGAUUUGUCAUCAGAACAAAAAACAGCUGUUGAAAAUUUAACUAACGAAUUGAACAGAUUGUUGAUCGCUAGUGAAGAACAAGUGUCGAUAGCCAGCAAAGAACAAGAAAAUGUAAAAAGCAUGGAAGAGGGGAACGUAAAAAUGGAACAGAGUCUUCAAGAAAAAGAAUCAAAAGUUGAUACGAAGCUGGAAAAAUUGGAAAAGGGAAAGCGUUUCUUUGAAGAAAAUUUACAGUUAAAAUUAGAAAUAUUUCCAGAUUCGCAUUUGAAAUUUAACUUCACCUGCAUAGAUGAAGCUGAUGUAGAUCGAAUAUUUUCAUUUUCGUUAAAAGUUAUUGGAACUCCAGGAAUUUAUAAAGUUAUAGAUUGUUGUCCGCCAAUCAAAGAUGUCGACAUAUUGCUAGCAGAGUUGAACAAGAGCAAUGACCUGAAAGGAUUUUUAUGCAAAAUGAGAAAAGGCUUUAAAGGUUGUCUAUAAAUAAAUAUAAUAAAUAAUGUAAAUAAUAAAAUUGUGAUUGGACCAAA